GAGAGAAGACGUGGCCGUGGAAGAUACGGAGGUAGGAAGUGUGGUCGAGGUCACAAAGGAGAAAGACAAAGAGGAAAUCGCCCCCGAUUAGGCUUUGAGGGUGGUCAAACUCCAUUUUACUUGGCCAUACCAAAAUACGGGUUUAAUGAGGGACAUAGCCUCAGACGUCAGUAUCAACCGCUCAGUCUUCAGAGGCUGCAGUACCUGAUUGAUUUGGGUAGAGUUGACCCCACGCAACCGAUUGACUUAACACAGCUCACUAAUGCCAGAGGUGUAACAGUGCAGCCUCUCAAAAGGGAUUAUGGUGUACAGCUGGUGGAGGAGGGUGCUAAUAUCUUUUCAGCAAAAGUAAAUAUUGAAGUGCAGAGGGCAUCUGAAUUAGCAAUUGCAACGAUAGAAAAAAAUGGAGGUGUUGUAACAACAUCGUUCUAUGAUCCAAGGAGUUUGGAAAUUUUGUGUAAGCCAGUAGUAUUUUUUCUGCGUGGCCAGCCUAUUCCAAAGCGAAUGCUUCCACCGGAAGAUCUAGUCCGUUACUACACAGAUGCCAGGAAUCGUGGGUACCUGGCAGAUCCAUCUAAGGUUGCAGAAGCCAGGCUUGAACUUGCCAAGAAAUACGGUUAUGUCUUACCAGACAUAACUAAGGAUGAACUCUUCAAAAUGUUAAGCGCACGCAAGGAUCCUAGACAGAUAUUUUUUGGUCUUGCCCCAGGAUGGAUCGUAAACAUGGCAGACAAGAAAAUUCUAAAACCAACUGAUGAGAAGCUGUUAAAAUACUAUAGCUCAUGAAUUGAGGACUGGAGACAACUGCAGGUGUACAGGAAACAUCUGGGUAUGAAAUAAUGGAUACAAAGUGAUGUUUGUUUUUUUUAAGACUCCUGUUAUACUAGACAAAACACAAAUUUUUGUUUAUGUAAUCUUCUGCUGUAGCUCUCAACUUUUUUAUUGUCAUAAUACAAUGUAUGAAAAGUCUUAACAUUUGGAAACAGCGUAGUGUCUGACAUAAAGUGUGUGUUUGG